UAGACUCCCGCGUUUCGCGAGUUUCCCCGUAAAACCACAACUCUGGCGAGUCGGGGAUAAAGAUACGAUCUCUCCGAGAGCUCAGAGAAUUAGUCGUCGCUUGAAUCCCCUCAUACUCCAGGAUAAAAUCAUGGCAGAAUCAAAGGUCUGGCUAGUUACUGGAUCAUCCUCGGGUUUUGGCCGGUCCAUGACAGAACUCCUGUUGAAGAACGGAAACAGAGUGGUUGCAACUCUACGCCGCAGAGAAGCCCUGUCAGAUCUCGCCAAACACUAUCCUGCUUCACAGCUGUUGAUUGUCCAGACGGAUGUCGUAAAAAGGUUGGAGGUGGCUGCCGCAUUUGCGAAAGCCAAAGAGGUGUUCGGACGUGUCGAUGUAGUCUUCAAUAACGCGGGCACGGCUGUCAUCGGAGAAAUGGAAUCCUUGAGCGACGAAGACGCUCGCCAGAUCUUGGAAGUUAACUUUUGGGGCGCAUCAAAUGUGACAAGGGAGGCAAUUCGGAUGUUUAGAGAAGUGAACAAACCUGCCGGGGGAAGACUGUUGCAGGUUUCUUCUGCGCUGGGUCUGCGUGGAAGAGCUGCAGCUUCCUAUUAUGCCGCAUCUAAACAUGCAUUGGAAGGAUUUAGCGAAAGCAUCGCACAAGAACUGGACUCGGCAUGGAAUAUACAGGUUACUAUAAUCGAGCCGGGCCCAUUCCGGACGAUGAUGUUCAAGGACAACAUGCAACUUGUUCCUCAGCAUCCAGCAUAUGCAAACCCAGAGUUACCUGGUUCCAAAUUCCGCCAAUUUAUGACUUCAACUCUGGCAGACGGAGACACCGAAAAGGCGGUGGUAGUCAUUGAGAAGCUUACUCACCUAGAUGAAGCACCGCUGAGAUUUCCGUUGCAUAAACUUGCAGUAAGAGCGGGGAGAGAGAAAGGAAAGAGUCUCAUUGAAACCAUGGACAGAUACGAAUCGUGGACGGAAAACGUCUAUUUCACGUAGUACAGUGGACUCGUAGCACUUGCUUGGUUCUUGGACUCAAUCGUGAAUGCAG